AUGGAGACGGGAGGCGCAUGCGAGCCCCCGGACUGGCGGACGUUGGACGUGGAACUGGUCCUAGACCCUUGGAAGAGGCUGCUCGGUGAGGAGCCGGUGGUGGUACAGGGACAAGCUGAGGACAGGAGGUUCAGUAGCUACAUUGCGCGCCCAGCCAUGGCCCCUGCCAGCCCUGUGUGGUCCACCGCAGGCAUCUUAUGGGCACCGGGAGCAUUGUUGCUGGUAAUCCUGGUGCCUUGGAGGCUAUGGGCAGCUGAGGAGGAUAUCCAGAUGUGCACCUGGCAGGUGGUCCUAAACAGGUUCCACAGAGUUGGGGUGGCCACCUCCACCGUUCGCUUCUAUGAACAGGAGCCCGAGGACACGGUGGGCAGCGUGUUCAGCAGGCUAACUGACUCACCCAUCGACCCGAAUGAGGAAUAUCUGGGCUUCCCUUACUAUCUGAAGGUCAACUUCUCCUGUGUGGGAAUGCCUUCCGAGAGACUGGUCCGCAGGAGCCACCUGAUGGGGAUGAAGCCCCUGGUGCUGGUCACCUUCUAUUUCCCGGUCAACUUCUACCACUGGAAGAUAGAACAGCUGCAGAUCCAGAUGGAGGCAGCUCCCUUCCGAAACAAAGAGACAUGCUUGGCCAGUGAGGUGUGUGGUAUGAGCUGGUACACACCCAUGCCCCUCAAGAAUGGCAGUGUGGUCAUGCGUGUGGAUGUCAGCAGUAAUGGUUUGGGGCCCUUCAUUCCUCCAAAAAGCUUCUACAUGAAUAUCAAUGGUUUCUUGAAGACAGAUGAGAAGAAGAACAUACAAUUCACCAUAGGAGAUGAGAUCUUUUCCAUUACGCCCCGGUACUUUGAGAAUGUCUCGUCGAGGCCCCUGCGGUACACUCUGGACCACACACCUGUGCUCAUCCUGGGUGGCAUUCCCAAUGAGAAAACCAUCCUGAUAACAGACACCUACUUCCAGGAUGUCUCCCUGGUGGAGCUGAGCAUCGACAGUUGCUGGGUGGGUUCCCACUACUGCCCCCAGACUGGCUUCUCUGCCACCAUCCAGGAUGCUGUCUCCACUGAAACCACUCUGUUCAUACGGCAAAACCAACUGGUCUACUACUUUACAGGCGCCUAUACCACCGUCCUGGAUAAAAGCCACAUCAGCCGUAGCUGGGUUCGAGUCCUGGCCAACGAGUGCAUCAAAAAGCUGUGCCCCGUGCAUUUUGACAGCAAUGGCACCGAGUAUGUUAUUGCCCUGACCAUGGGCAAGCAUGAGGGUUAUGUUCACCUUGGGACUGUCAGAGCUGGUGAGGUGGCCUUCCAAAUGUUUCCCAAGCAGUGGUCAGUGUGCGAGAAAACAAAUGUUGCCAAGUGCUCCAUUAUCUGGGCAGCCUUGAUAUCGGGUGAGUUCAUCAUGCGGCUGCUGGUGGAGAACAUGGAGCAGAGUUCCAGGAAGAAAUACUUUACCGUGACCAGCUACAACAUAAUAACUGAUGAGCUAGAAGUCCUCUACACCUUCCCAGAGUUCAUCCCUGACGCUCAUGGCUUGGAGUUCCUUAUGAUGCUCGGGAUGGAGACUUACACCGAUAUGCCCAUGAUCCCCAGGGGCAUGCUGUUUAACACCCACAACAAUCUGCUGUUCCUCUGGGGUAACUUCCUCCUGCAGAGCUACAAUAAUGAAAACUUCAUCUACCUGGCGGAUUUUCCCAAGGAGUUAUACAUCAAAUUCCUGGUCAACUCAUUCCAAGGAGACCUGGCGAUUGUCACAGACACAGAGGAGGUCUGGUACCUACAGGAGGGCAGCUACUCGGUGUACAGGCUGCUCCCAUCCAGGGGCUGGGACAUCUAUGUCAGCCUGCAAAACAUGCACCAUUCCUCACUCUUCGCCCCUGAGGAAACCAUGAUCACCAUGUUUUAUGAUAGGGGCAAGCUAUAUCAGAUUGCAUAUAUUAAAAUCCAGGAUAAGGGCCAAGUAGUAAAGAGGCUGAUUCCGGUAGAGAAGCUGCUGAUGUACCAGCAGACAGACCACCAAGUGCAGCGACAGGGCGGCUACCUGAAGCUCUCCUUCAUCGACUUCUGCCCCUUCUCGGUGAUGCGCCUGCAGGAUAUACCCAACCCACAGGCCUACACGCGGGAGGAGCGCUACCUAGCACGGCCACCGCAUGUCAUGGAGCAGUCAGGCUUCCACAGUGAGAACUCGCUGGCAGUCUAUCAAGGCCUGGUCUACUACCUGCUCUGGCUGCACUCCAAAUACGACAAGCCUUAUGCAGAUCCUGAGCAUGACCCCACCUGGCGCUGGUGGAAAAACAAGAAGCAAGAUGCGGAUUAUUACUUCUACCUGGCAAGCAACUGGCGCAGUGCAGGUGGCAUGCACAUUGAUAUGGAGAGCUAUGAGAAGAUCUACGACCUCAAACCAGAUCAUAAGCUGCCAGAGCGCAUCUUCCUGGACAAGGGCACCACCUACAGCUUCAGCAUCUUCCUGGCGGCGCAGGGCGACUCUUUCCGCAUGCCGGAUGACCUGGACGCGGCCUUUCAGGUGCAGAGCAAGCUGGCGAUAGGCGUGGUGGUGGGGGACCCAUUGUGCCUGGUGGCUGUGGUGCAGCAGAAGGUCCUGGUGAAUCGGAAGUCAGUGCAGUUCUUGAUAACACUCGAGGACAAAAAGGUCUGCUAUGACCAAGGCAUUAGUGGACACCACCUCAUGAAAACUUCCAUGAUGAUCAAGGUGUUGGGAUCUUCUGGUUACUGCUUCCAUAAGACAAACCAGGGGCUGGCCAUGCAAGGCAGCCUGAUGGUGCCGGUGUUUAUUGGCUGCCCCCCAGGCAAGCGCCUGGCCUUUGACAUCACCUACACCUUGGAAUACAACCACCAGCAGAACAAACACUACUUUGACUGUGUGUACAGUGACCCAGAGAUGCCCUGCUUUCUCUUCCGUGACAUUUUCUACCCCUUUUUCCUGAUUCAAGAUUUGGUGACGGGAGACUCGGGCAGUUUUAAUGGCAGCUAUGUGCUGAAGGUGGUCGGUGGUGGACCCUCAAUGGACCUUGUCAGGGACUACAGCGAAGAAGAAAUCUACAACUACAACAGUCCCCUGGACAAGACCAAAAGCCUCAUCUGGAAGACAAAGACUGAAAGGACCACCAGUGACAAGGCCUUCCACGUCCUGUCCCACAACAGCUGGGGCAUUGAGUGGCUGUGUCUAGAGAACUCCCCGUGUCACGACACCAUGCCCCAAAGCAUCUUUCCCCCUGAAUUCUACUUCAAGGUGUUGGUGAGCAAUAGAGAUGUAGACUCGAGCACAUACUGUGACUACCAGCUCACCUUCUGGUUACACAUCCAUGGGCUCCCACUCAGCAACAAGCGGGCCAUCUUCAUUGUGAUGGUGAGUGAAGUCCAGGGCAUACUGAGCUGGGUGUGGCAAGUCCCCCCCACCCCAGACUGUGUACCCAGCCCUGCUGUCUGGUGCCUACAGGUGUCGGCCAGCUGUUUUAUGGGCAUGGUGAUGAUCUACAUUGCCUUCUGCCUCCUGUGGCCCUACAUAGCGAAUGCUUGGAGCUCAUUGCGCUGGAAGAUCAACAACCUAAUGGCCGCUGAAUCGUACUACACCUAUGCCACCUCCACGGCCAUCUUCAGCAUGGGCUCCCAGAUGAGCUUCCCGGAGAGCUACAGGGACCCUUCCAAAAUUGCUUCCAAAGUGUUCCAGGAAAAGGAGGAACCUGAGCCAGUGGAAUAAAGUCAUAGACUUGAGCCUCUGGCCUGCUCUAACCCUUAUCCACACUCAAGAGGCUCCCCCUCCCCCCUUUGCCGCCCCCCUCUCAAAUGCAGCCUGUCUCCCA